AUGUCGGCGGGGCGGCGGCUGCCGGCGUGGUGGUGGCUGCCGGCGCUGCUGUGGGGCGGCGCGGGGGGCUACGUGGUGGUCAGCUCGGUGUCCUGGCCCCUGCCCGAGGGGGGGGCGGCGGCGGACGAGCUGCACAGCUCUUCCACCGAGGAGGCGCUCCCCGCGCUGCUGGAGGAGGCGGGCGGCCUCUGGAAGCAGAGCUACCCGGCCUCGGCUUACCGGGAGGACGCGGCCCUGGGCUCCGGUCCGGCGGCGCGGCGGCCGGGGCAGGGGGCCGUCCCCUCCAGGAUGUUCUCCUACCGACGGGAGGGCGGCGGCGGGGCGCCGGGCCGCGCCGGGACCGCCCGCUUCCUCGCCCGCUACAACACCUGGGGCUUCGUGGCUACGCGGGCCGCGCAAGGAAAGAUCCAAGGUAUGCCCUAUGGGAACUGUUUACUUCUCAGCGACGGUCCCGUCAAUAACAGCACUGGAAUCCCUUUCUUUUACGUGACGCCGAAGGAUAACACUGUGGCAGAUCUCCUGAAGAAUCCCGUGGCUUCUCUGACCCUGCCAGAGGCAGAUGGAAAUUUCUGCAGAAAAAAUGUAAUCGAUCCAGAGGAUCCAAGGUGCGCCAGGCUGACUCUCAUGGGACAGAUGGUCACGGUGCCUCCGGAGGAAGUGGAAUUUGCCAAGCAAGCAAUGUUUUCCAGGCACCCAGUGGUAAGAAAGUGGCCUCGUAGCUAUGAGUGGUUCUUCAUGAAAAUGAACAUUGAGCACAUCUGGCUUCAAAGCUGGUAUGGAGAAGUUUCUGCCAUUGCAGUAGAAGAGUAUUUAAAAGCAGUUCCAAGUAAAGGAUGAUUGAACGGGCUUCAAGAUAGAGAUCUUCUGAGUUUCCUUUCCAAACACUUUUAAAAUUUCAUGCUGGAUGGUUACUUUACAGUGAAUUUUUUUUUUCCCCAAAGGCUUCAAAAUAGCCCUGUCUCACAUGGAGCAGAGUGAAAAUAAAUCAACAUAGACUUUCAAAUUAUAAAGGAGAGGUGGAUACUAGCCCUACCCUGCAAUGUACAAACUUGUCAUCUCAAACAGGCAAUGCAUCAUCUUAAAUGCUGCUUAAAAAUGCUUUGUAUCUGUUUGUUUUGACUUCUAUUGCUGUGCACCCACAGGGAAACUACCGUAUGUGCUAAAUAUAAUGUUGUGAUUUACAGAAAAAGCAAAUUGCCUACUCAGAACCCUCUAUGCACUGUGGAGGUAUUAAUGCUGCUUGGUCUCCCUUGAUUUGUAAGUACUCUAAGAGAAACUUAAUAGCUGCAAAUUUAGAUAUUCAAGUUUUAAAAAAAUAUUUUGCUAAAGCUGUCCUCAUUUGCUGACUUAUAUUUUCUACAUGUGCUUUUCCCUAAUUAGAUAAUUCGAUAUUUCACUUGGAAAUUGAGUAGAAAUUCUCUCUUUUAGUAGAAAAAAAUGCAAGCAGCUCAAACAACACGGCUCCAAUAUAACUUGUCUCUCACUGACACAAAGCUCGUUAAACACGUUAAGGGCCAAAACCAAAUAAGCCCCCCACAAGGAUUAUCCUAAUACAAGUAUAAACAUUCUCAUAAGAAGUAUUUAAGUAAAUGUUCUCAGCUAGCCUGUUCCUGAUAUGAGACAGGAAAAGUAUUUUUAAUAGCCUGUAGUCCUGAUUUUUUUGCAUCCCUUUUCCAGCCACCGCUUUAUUUUUAACUCAUUUGUGCAACUGAUUUUUGUAAACCGUCACUAACUCAUCUAGGGGUGGACCCAGUCCCUUAACUCUGUUUCCUCACCAAGUUUUAAAGGGCUUGUUCAUGCAUUUAUUUUUUAAAGAAGCCUAAAGAUAGGUAGAUAUUUCAGGCCAUGGAAAACUCAUUUUCCUAGUGUGGAAAGUGUAAAAUUUGUUGCAAACACAUUAUGAACAGGCAUCUCGUGAUAAUACCAAAAGAGUUCGAAGGUAUUUUAUUCACCUUCAGCUCUUUCUCUAGAUGUUCUGGUAAACUUACUCUGCAGUUCCUAAGGGUAUCACGGUAAGAAAGGUCCCAUGGCUAACCAGCCAAGUCAUUACACAGUUUGCAAAUUAUACGGCUGUUCUCCCUGUUACAUUAAGAAAGAGAUACACUGAGAUGGGGUUUCUGUGCCUGUGGGGAAGGUCUUCCAGCAUCCCUGGGAGGGCACCCGAGCUCUGGACACCAGCCCGCGCCACGGCCGGGCUGAGGAGGAGCCUGGGUCCCUGGGUGAGUGACCUGAGCUUGUACAGGUUAAUCCCCGUGCAGAGCUCAGAGGCAGCUGCGUGAGCUAUGACCAGCUGGAAGCCAAUUAAGUGUAGCUGACCUUAUUUUGGUUCGGGCAUGGAGACAGGCAGUCAUUCCCGGAGCGGAGCUGGGCACCAUGCCGAUUUAACUACCAGGGGCUACUUAGCCCUUGGGCGAGUUCAAGGCUCCAGGCAUCACCACCAUUCCUGAUAUUCUGUAAGAAUCGAAGACAAAUGCGGGGGAGAAACUUUUAGACACUCACUAAGCAUUUUUUUUCUUGUCUCAUUGCCAGAGACUCUGUUAGCAGUGCAGAUUUUUUGCAGAGGUAAUUACGCAAAAGGAGGAAGCGUCCUGCUUGAAUCUAUUUCCUUUUUUUUCCCUUGGCAGAUGAGCAGCAUUUUCCCAUUUGAGUUUGCCCCCAAAUCUUGCCCUGUGUAGUACUGAAGCAAAACGGCCCAUCCUGUACAGAUUUAUAGAAUACCAUCAAGUGAAAUCUUCCUCGAUUCAUACCAUUUUGCCAUGGAGAACUUUGUCCACUAUGGAUUUGAUACUUUGCCCAUUAGCAUUAAUGGGACUUAUAAAACUGAGUUCAACAGGCAGAGUACUAGACCCUGUAAGGGAAUCUCCACAGGUCUAACAUUUCUGUGCAACUUUAAUUACAUAUUUCAUUAUCCCAGUUCACUACUAUUCCCAGAGAAACCUGAACUGCCUAUUCUCUCCCCCGCCCCUAAACACACACUAGACAGCCUGGUAACAGCGACAUGGUCCUAUGUCCUAUCCGUUACCUUAUUAACACUCUUGCCUUAAAGCAGUAAGGGAUUGUAUCAACAAUGUUCAGCAGAGCUUUUUAACUGUUUAAGAAGUUAGUGUGCACUAAGAAAGGUUUUGAAUUUACAAUACCCUACUUGCUAUGGGCUGUCUCCCUGCACACCUAGAUUAAUUGGAGUAGCUUCUGUAUUGUAAAUUGACACAUUCAUCAAGAAGCUUUUCUAUAUGGACCUGCCAUGAGGCUCUUGACAGAACCUCAAAACAUGAAACAGCGAUGGCAUGUAAAGUGACAAAAGGGGCUUCAUGAAGAAAUGCCAUCUUAAAUCACCUGUUCUCAUUUCAUGCUUCCUUCUCCCAAGGAACAGCUGCCAUAAAAGUCCUUGAAAGUCUGUAGAAAUUAAUCAAAAAUACGACUUGCAGGUUUUGAAUGGAAUUUUCUGGAGCAAAAAAAGGGGAGGAGAUAGUAGUUUGCUUGAUUGGGCUUUACAUUAUUAAUUACAUACUACUUCUGAUUUUUCUUUAAACUGACAAAUGUCUCAAGUGAUAUUGUUCAUCACAUGGCAAGUGAUGUUUGUUAAAGCUUUUAACCCAAAGAGUGUUAUUGAGAUAUCAUAACAAAACCAUAGUUCCUUGAGACUAUAAAGGGCCUGAUCUUGCUUCAGUUCAAGUCAAUAGCAAAAAUCCUAUUUGUUGUGCUUUAAUUAUUAAAUCAAAUAAACAUUUUUAUAAAAGGUCGUGGUAAGCACUUAGGAAUUUAUUAAGCAUUUCCACUAGCUGAUGUGUAAUUUAUUUCCAUGUGUUCUGUAUUUAUUUCUGUAGCUUCCCCAAAAAAGCUUGUUGUGCAACGUGUAUUAUUUAAAACUUUAACUGUGGUUUUGCAAUAUUUAAGAGAUGCAUUUAGUCAUGUCUGUAUACUUGCUGAAAAAAGGAAGACAAAGUUCUAAACUUGGGUUCUCACUUUUUGCUAAUUUGUGCAAAUGUAAUGCAUGUACAGGAUUUAAGCACAGCUAGUUUGAACUGCUGUUCUUAUUUAACCAAAGAAUGCUCUGUUUCUGAUGAAAUUUUCAUCAUGUCGGUGGAUGAAAUGCAACCUGUCUCGUUUCUGGAUGUGUAUUGCAAUUUGCAAUGUAUUUUGAUUUCUAAAGAUACUGAGUGUUGUUAACAAAAUGCCUAUCGAGA